UACUAUGCUCUCGCCCAGCAUUCUUUUCUGUCUUGUUUAGUUUGCACAUGUCCUGAUACGUAAUUCCUUAUCGUAACUGUGCGAAAAAUACAGCGGUACUUCUAAAACUGCGCGUUUCUAUUUGGAUACCGAUCGGUUGAAAAUGCUUUCACAAACUGUUCUGAAACGUUUAACUCAGGAACUUCGGGUUUCCUGUCUUCUGGAGAGAGUUUUCGGCAAUCAGCACCGUUUUGCCUCCACCAAGGAUAGCGGACCUGUCAAAGGUGCCGUCGUGGGAAUUGACUUGGGAACGACCAACUCCAGCGUGGCCAUAGUGGAGGGCAAACAGCCCAAAGUGUUGGAGAACGCUAAAUGGAGAUUUUUGUCACGCCAGUCACAGCACUCAGCUGCAUUGAAAACUCUUAUUUACGCACAAGAGCAACUACUUGUUGCGAAACGGCAGUUGCGGAGAGAUCUGCAGGAACAACUGCAGUCCAAGAAAACGCAACUGUUGUAUGAUUCCGAUCUCCUAAACAUUCGAGGAAUAAUUGAAGAAGCUAAGAAAUCGCUCGAUUUACGCUGUCCAGAAGAUCGUAAACAUUUGUUGACGAAAGACAAAGACACGAAUAUGAAAGUUGCCUGGGAAGCAUUCGCAGAGAUCCACAAGCAUUUGUUUCUAUCGAUCCGUCUAGAUGGGAAGCAAGUGAUUAGCGAGGAGAUUCGGUUGCGGAUGGGCGAAAUUAUAUCAACCAUCUGGACAAGGGCAGACCCGAAGAAUCCCAGUGAUGAUCGCUUUUGGAUAGUGCGUGCACGUUGGAGUACUGACGAGUACCGUGUGGUGAUCUGCCUCUGUAUAUUGCUUGGCAUUCAGUUUGCUGUCCUUAGCAAUGGAGAGAUCAGAUUGUCGCAUGUUAGCGUCAGCGAUGGGGGUGAAGAUUUGGUCUAUACUAGACCGAUUGACAGUUUGGCAGAUUUAAUUUAAAACUUAAUUAUUCGUAAUGUGGUUUUCAGAAUAGUUCUUUACCUUGACGUAGGUGGACAUUAAAUCUGUUG